CCCAUUCAUCACUUUGGAGCUAAAGCACACCACAGAACUCUCCUCAUCACAUAGCUAAACACACUUAGACACAUUUAGACAGAGAGAGAGAGGGAGAGGGAGAUUAAUUAGGUCUUAAUCAAAAUUAUUAAGGUCUAAGCAUGGAGUUGUCUUGGCCGGAGAGUGUGCUAUCAAAUAGGGAAAGGGUGAUGGAGGAGUUGAUCCAAGGGCGUGAGCUUGCAAGUCAACUUUGUAAGGUUCUUGAUGAUCACAAGUCAACACUUGUUAGUGGUUGUGGUGGUGGUGGUGGAGGAGAUGUUGGGUCGGCAGAGGGUCUUGUUAAUAAGAUUUUGGGGUCAUUUACAAAUACCCUUUUGAUCUUAAAUGGGAAGGAGGCUGACGGGGAGAUUGUUUCUGGUGAUCAGAUUCAAGGGAAUAGUAGUGGUAUUGGGUCUGCAGAUUCAUCAUCUUGGGAUGCCAAUCAUGCUAUUAUUAAGUCUGAAGAUUUUCAUGAGGAGAUCAGUUGUAAGAGUGCUUCAACCUUCAAGGAUCGUAGGGGUUCUUACAAGAGAAGGAAAACUUCACACUCUUGGACUAGAGACACUCCGGCUUUGACUGACGACGGUCAUGCAUGGAGGAAGUACGGACAAAAAGUCAUCCAUAAUGCCAAGCACCCAAGGAACUACUUUAGGUGCACCCACAAAUUCGAUCAAUCGUGCCAAGCAACCAAACACGUGCAACAAAUUCUAGAUGAUCCACCAGUUUUUCGGACCACAUAUUAUGGCAACCACACUUGCAGAGACUACUUGAAAGCUUCUGAGUUGAUCUUGGAUUGCACAAGCCCUAGAGAGUCUUCAAGUUUCAUCAGAUUUGGCGACAUUAAGCAAGACCACCCCUUUUUCUCAUCUUUCACAUCAGUGAAGAAAGAGGUCGUCAUCAAGGAAGAGAAACCACAACCAAGUGAUGAUAUGAUGGCAAGCCACCACCACAACCAUUCAUCAUCCGGUGAUUAUAAUGUGUCACCUCAUCCGACGGAGUUCAAGUCGUCUUGUCCCCUGAGCGGGCUUUCGUCAACCAUUGAUCCGUAUGAUCAUGAGGGCGAUGUGAUGUCUGGUUUAAUUGUGGGGCCUUAUUACUUUGAUGAUGAAGUUUUGCAAUAUGAAUUUUGAAUUUUAAUGUACGUACUUACUUUGAGGUGGAAGAGAAAAGCCCGAG